UGAGCGAGAGGCAACGGCUAGCCAGCUGCGCGUUUGUCUUGCUUGCUUGUGUUUUUCGGUUAUCGUAGUGAGAUUGACGCUUCAUUCUUAUUUUCUUUCGUUCAACAAGCAACAGAAACAAGUUUCUGUAUAUGCGCGUGUGAAAAAAAACGUUCACAGAUGCGAUUGUGUAAUGAGCUGACUGAAAACAUACCGAAUUGGACGUUCCAAACCAGUGUCGCUAUUCAGAGUUGUUACUUGGAUACCAGUGCCUUUUGUCUGUAACAGUGAAUAAAACAAGAGUGGUGCUAUUUUUGUACGUUCCUGUCAGGUUACACGCCUGUGAACCCAGCAGUGUGAUCAGUGAUUGUUGUCGUGGCCGGUUUCCGUUGAGGAAACUUUCCAAACGUGCAUAAAACUGUGGGUAAUGCUUUCCUAGCGAAUGCGGGCCCUGCCUGCACGCAUUCCAUUGGGAAGCAAGUGCCGGCAAUAAGCAUUUUACGGGAGACAAGCGGAGCGGGUGGCGGGGUCGGCAGCGGCGGGCUGCUGACCAUGAACGCCACCCAGGUGCAGUGCGAGCCCCACGACUCGGUCGUCCUCAUUAAAUAUGAGCACCGGUCGGCGGGAGGCAGCUGGGAGGAACCUGUAAGCGCGGUGCGAAACACUCCGCUCAGGCGCUCCCAGCGGCUCAACUCGACACUGGACUCUAGGAGCAGCGGUCAAUUACGGAACACCCUGAGCCGUGCGCGUGAGUUGUGCGAGCGAUGGCGAAGCGGCGGCAACACGCCGUCACCCCCCGCACCACCCCCCGAAGACGAAGGCGGGGGGCGGCUCGCACGCUGGUUCAGCGUGCGCCGUGGCUCCACGCACCAAUACGACAUGCAUACACACGAGACUGACAAAAUGCCUAAACUGCCAGAGUUGGAGGAGGAUAUGUUCUCCUGCGGAGGAGAAGUACGAGGCGGUAGGGUGCCUCCGCCUUCUCUCGGCCCUCCACCGGACUCCCUCACACCAGUCCAACUCCGUCGUAGGCAUGUGGUCGCCGCUAUCAUACAUAGCGAAAACUCCUACGUCUCGACGUUGCAGAGGCUCAUAAACGACUACAAGAAGCCGCUAGAAGAAAGUAGUCCAGCUAUCUUAAACGCGAGCAAGAUCCAAACCUUAUUCCACCGACUGCCUGACAUACUGCAAUGCCAUCUGCAUUUCCGCACCGCACUCGCGGAUUGCGCGCGCACGUGGGACCGCGACGAAAAGAUUGGCGAGGUCUUCUUAAACGCAUUUUCCAAGGCUGUGGUGCUGGACGUAUACUCGGACUUCAUAAACAACUUCUCGGUCGCAAUGGAACUGGCAAAGAUGGAGUCGAAGAGGAAAUCAGCGCUGGCUGAUUUCUUCAAAGUGAAACAGAUCAGCGCACACGAUAGACUCUCUUUCUUCGGUCUCAUGGUGAAACCGGUGCAGCGGUUUCCACAGUUUAUUAUGUUUUUACAGGAUCUCUUAAAGCAUACGCCACAUGGUCACUUGGAUCGCGUGGCCCUGCAACGUGCUCUUACCAGGUUGGAAGCUUUGGCUGAAGCCUUAAAUGAAAGGAAGCGCGAGGCGGAACGGACUCAGGCGUUCCGCGCGGCGCUCCGGCGGCUGACGCGCGGCGGCGUGGCGGGCGCGGGCGGCGGCGGCGGCGCGGCGCGCUUCGGGGCCGCGCGCCUGCUCGCCUCGCGCGCCGACAAGCGGCACCUGCUGCGGCAGGACGACCUGCUGCAACUUGAGUUUAAUCAAUCUGGAACGUUGACGAAAUGCAAGCCUCGUCGACUGCUCCUCUUGAAUGACCUCGUGGUGUGCGUGUCGGUGGGGACCGGAGGAGACGACACUGAGCGUCUGGGACUCAAGUGGGCGCAUCCCGUGCAAGACGUUGAGGUUUUAGACACGGGGACCUCGCCUACACUGAGCAGAGUACUUGCUCAAGGUAUGAACCGUAGCGGGAGCCUGAGGUCUAGCUCGAGUAUCUGCAGCACGUCGACAGGCGACUCGCUCUGCAACGAGAUGUCCACCCUCAUGCACGACUACGAGACCGUGUCGAGGAUGGCGGACCUCGCAGCCUCCCUCAAGACGCCCUACCCGGAACUAGCGCCCGAGACCUUCAGAUCACUACUGCAGAGUAUACAGCAAAGUAUACAGAAAAAGGACGACGAAAUGGCGUGGGUGGACUCGUGCUGCCUGCAGCUCACGAUCCGCGGGCGCGAGGACGCGGUCACGUUCCGCGCCACCGAGCCGGGCGCGCGGCGCGCGUGGGCCACCGAGCUGCGCCUCGCGCAGCUGGCGCAGGCGCGCGCCAACUGCCCCGCCUGGCGCCUGCCCGCCUCGCUGCCGCACGCGCUCAGCCACGCGCCGCAGCACAAGAUGCCGCUCUUCGUGGCCGCCACGCCCGUCUACUCCUCCGCGCACCUCACGGAGGUGCGGUGCGGCUGCUUCUACACGUCGUCCGGCAGCCCGCGCGGCGCCACCAUGCGUCGCGCGCGCUCGCUGCUGUGGUUGUGCACGGCCGGCAACGGCGGCAGCCACGUGGCCGUGCUCACGCAUCGCGCCGCCAAGCUCAAAACGCUCGUCACGCUCGACCUGCCCGACACCAAGGUAACGUCAAUGGAGUACGCGAAAGGACUUCGACAAGUGAACACGCUGUGCGGCGACACAGUGUGGCUCGGCACUGAGGACAAGAAGAUCAUCAUAUUUUCAGGCGUAGAACCGGAAAAACAAGAGAAACUGACAGAAGUGACGACGGUCGCGACCGUCACGCAGAUUCGGUAUCACUGUGAUUCUAUGUUCGUGGGACUCUCGAAUGGUAGAGUGUCAGUGUUCAGGAGAAAUCAUGACGAUACGUGGGCACUUCAAGAGCCGCUUGCAAUCGAACUCGGCGACAAACCCGUGCACUGCGUACUGCCCGUCGACGGCAUCAUAUACGCGACGUGUGCACGAAGAGUGUUCGCUAUCAAUGCCCUCACUGCGGAGAUAAUACGUAUUCUUGAACUUAAAGGCGAAGGCGACCGCUCUGUUAAAUAUCUAGCGCAUUCCGGAGUUGGACUCUGGUCGGCUUUCUCCGACUCUACUUAUGUAAGUUUAUACCACGCUGAAACAUUUGAACAUUUGCAGAAUAUUGACAUCGCCGCUGAUGUGGCGAAAACUAUUGGUGCUAGGGAAGGCAGUAAACCGGCGUAUAUAUCGGCGUUACUUGCCGGACAAGGCCUUCUAUGGGUCGGGACGACAGCCGGCGUUAGUGUCACUGUGCCACUGCCAAAACUCGAAGGUCUUCCGCUCAUCGGUGGACACAUCGCCGUCUCGUAUCACGCUCACGCGGGUCCAGUUACAUUCCUAUUGUCACUUACGCCCGAAACGCGAGAGGUGGAUGUCAAUAUCGUUCGUCGGAAUCUGUCAAACGCCCGCGCUCUCGCUGACACCGUACAGGAGUACAAAGAGGACGAAAGUAAAGAGGAAAGCGACAAGCACAAACUCGAGAGGCGAAUAUCGGAAGAACUGAGUCCGUACCGACCGCAGCGCGUCCAGUCCGCGGUCAUCCGACGGAAGAAGCCAGGCGAUGUGCGGCUCAGUAAGACAUUACCAAAAUGCGCUAACUUAAAUGCUUGCGAUGUGUAUGGACUAUUCGGAGAUCUCAUGUUCGUAAAAGACUGCGUAGGAGAGGCUGACGUCAGUGGAUCGGGUGGUGAAUCCCUUAGGCGAAGUGAUCCGGAGCUGGCUGCGAUUCCUUUCCGCGUUAGUACGCUAGAUAGGCGGUUACGGAUGAGAACGGGACGGCCGCGGAGUUUGGACCUAUCUAGUUGGUCAGUAGACUCCCGAGCCUCGAGUCUGUGCACGUCGUCCGGCAGCGAGGAGUCCAUGGCAUUACGUGGAGUCUCGCGAACGAGUUCUGGUGCAUCAGGUGCCGCUAAUUUGGCACCGAUGGCUGCUUCGACGCCCGAUUCUUCGUCUGGUAAAUCAAGUGCCUCCGAACGAUCGAUAUCCCGCAGUGACUCCGCUAAUGCUGCUCCAGAAUUACGUUCUACGAGUAAGAGUGCAGGUCGAAGCCUUCGAGGUGCUGAUUAUAUCGUGGGCGACAGCUUGUCACGACGGUCGGUGGUGACGGUGGUGGGUGGUCGAGGAUACGUCGACUGGCGGCAGACGGCUGACGCGGCGGAGCGUCCCACUCCCGCCGCUGACCCUAACCCCAAAGACGCGCAUCUCAUUCUAUGGGAAAUGCGAUUGUAAAUCUAAAUAAUAACCACGUGUGAUCUGUCACACAAGGAAAACUAAUUUUAAGAUUAUUCAUAUCUACUGUAUGAAUUCUCAAUGUAAAUAAACCAGAGCAUCUGUAAUUAUGUAAAUGUCACUUGAAACAGCUCCUAAAUACAAUAUAUAUUAUAUAGAUUCGCGCUGAUUGAAAGUUGUUAAUUCCUUAUAAGCUUUAUUUAUGCGUCAAUCCGUUCCUGACUGGUGUAAAUCGAUAAAAUUAAUUAUAAUACGAGAGAAAUAAAAUGUAUAAUGUGUAAAUGAUGUGAUAAGCUUUAAAUUAUUUUUGGAUAAUUGGGUCCUGACUAGUUGCCACUGCGCCCGAUAUUUACAAUAGUUUGUAUGGCUUAUAUUAUAUGCAGGUGCAUUAUUUUUGUGAUUGUUUAUUGUAAUGUUAUAAAUUUUGAAUGUUGUCUCCGAACCCCGUUGUUGGGAGUAUUUUUGCUAGUUAUAACGGUAUGGCUAUAAGCUCGUAGUAUACCAGUCAUGUACUUUUACUUAUUAACUUUUACCACGUUUUAAAAUGUAAAAUUCAGUUUACUUUAUUGGUCAUGUGUAGGGUGGUAACGUUUUUUUUUUUUUUACUUCAGGCAUUGUAAUUUAAUUUUAUUAUGAACCGCCAUAUUAACAUAGAUUAAUUUUGUUAAAUGUAAUUAUUAAAAAUAAUUGUAAAAAUUAUCGUUAAUUCUUCUAUUGUAAUUUUAUUUUUCGACUGGUUAAUCAAUUAGUUUAAUGUAUUUAAAAGGGAAUCUAGUGGCCUUAUUUCUCUAAUGUAAAUUUCCAGUGUUUGAUUACGGCAUUCGUUUAAGCUUUAUUGUUAGACAUAAUGAUGUCGCUUUAAGAAUUAGACUGAUUUAGCGUUAAAACGUAUUAUUAGUUGAAUGUAAACGAUGAGCCGAAUGUACGACACUUCGAACGAAAAUUAUCGAUAAUUUAAGAAUCUAACCAAAUCAAAUAUAUUUUAUUACUAAAUUUCCGAAACAUCUGCGAAUAGAAAACUUGUUUUGUAUUUUUAAUGCACAAUAUUACAAAAGGUUGUUCAGUCACAAAGUGAUUUUUGUUAAGAAUUUUAGCUUAGGCUUACGCAAUGCGAUGCACUCCAAGAUACCGUUAUCAAGUUUUCAAUAUUAAACAGUUGAUCCUCACAAUUUUAUUACUGUUAGUCGUUGUUUGCAAUAUUUGUUCUUGGUCAGUAGAACAUUUAGUAUCGAUCAUUUAAUCCAAAGAAUCACAUUCAAUUAGUUGACGGUUUUGUAAGAACUGAAGUCGGUGAGAAAUAUUUAUCGACAAAAUUGUAUACAACAAAACUACGUGCCAAAAUGUAUAUUACCGAAAAUUAUGUACAGUGAUUUUAUUAUCUUAUAAAUGUAAAUUUCAAAAUUUAAUUUUUAUGUAUUUCUUCCAAAAAUCUGAUUUAUCUAAUUGCAAUAAACGAUCUUGAUGCGAAAAGAAUUAUCUCGAAUAUUUUGUAACGCAAACCUCAAUUUUUUUUUGUUAAAAAAAAUGGUUCUUUACACUGAAAAACGUCACAACAUGUAUGUAAUAAGGUGUAAAUAAAUUUUAAGUUUAUAUGUAUACACCUGUA